AUGGCCUCGAAUACAACAUACCCACAGGUCGCUGAGCGCAAACAAUCGCAUCUUGAUGCCCAAAUUCCAGCAGAAUGGAAGCUCCCCUCAUCGAUUAUCCCCGAAGGGAUGCUCUCCAUCACGGACUCUAUUACCAAUGUGAAAGAAUAUCAAUCCGUUAACGUGAUGAACAUUCCAAGGGCUUGUGGGCUUCUUACACAUCAGGAGCUGGCCAUAACUGAGAACUACGAUAUUCGGGCUCUUCUGUCAAUAAUUGCGGAAGGGAAGCUUUCUAGCGAGGAGGUUAUUAGGGCAUUUAGUAAGAGAGCGGCUAUUUCUCACCAACUUACGCGCUGCUUGACCGAGCCGCUCUUCGACCGCGCGCUCGCCCAAGCCAAACAACUCGACCUGCACUUUCAACGAACCGGCAAACCGAUCGGCCCACUGCACGGCCUCCCUGUCUCUGUUAAGGACUCCUUUCACAUUAAAGGAGUCGAUUCGUCUCUUGGCAUUGCCGCCCUAGCGUUCCAGCCCGCCACGGAAAACUCCCCUUUCGUCGACCUCCUCGAGUCGCUAGGUGCCGUGAUCAUCGCUAAGACCAACGUACCGCAGACUUUAGGCACCCUGGACAGCUGCAAUCACCUCUUCGGACGUACCUUGAACCCACUGAACCGGAAACUCACAGCGGGAGGGAGUUCCGGUGGCGAAGGAGUGCUGGUGGCCAUGCGCGGGUCGAUGGUCGGCUUCGGCACCGAUAUUGGAGGUAGUAUCCGUAUUCCGGCCAUGUGCAAUGGGAUCUAUGGAUUCAAGCCCAGCGUAGGGAGAAUACCAUACCAAAGCCAAGACGCGGGCCAGAUGCCUGGGAAAAUGCGUGUAUCGCUGCAGGCCGUGGCAGGACCGUUGGCGCGGUCAGUCGCGGAUCUUGGAGCGGUUAUGGAGGAGAUUGUUCCUCGCGCGGAGCUCUUCGGGGAGGACUGUAUCCCUGGACAAUGGAGGGGCGAGUUCCCUGUGCAGAUGCCGGAUUUGAGACCACAGAAUGUGACGAUCGGUGUUCUGCGAUCGGAUGGGCUGGUUGAGCCGUUGCCUCCUAUCGCCAAGGUUCUGGAUGAGGUGGCUCGGGCGCUGGAUCGCACCCCUGGUGUUGAGGUGGUCGAGAUCCCAGUGCCGCCGGCUCUAGCGAAAUGUCAGACCCUGGUAGGGAGACUGAUGGGGGUUGACGGGGGCAAUCCUAUGAUGGACCUGCUGGAGAAGACAGGAGAACCGCUGAUUCCCUGGCUCCAGGGACGUACCAAGCGCGGAAAAGAACUAACCGUGACCCAAUUAGGCCAGCUUCAGGAGCAACGAUCGAUCGUGGAGCGGGAACUGCUGAAGAUGUGGACGCAAAAAGGUCGCCGUAUCGAUGCAAUUAUUCACCCCGUGGCACCACAUCCAGUUCCCGAGCUUGACCGGUACAACGCUGUCGGGUACACAUCCAGCUUUGUGCUCUUAGACUACCCGGCUGGAGUCAUUCCCGUGCGGCCAUUCAACGAAGGCGAUCUCGAGAAAGGGAAGGAGAUGAAGACCCCUGUGAUUGGGAGCUGGGAUAAAGCCAAUCGGAAGCUAUGGGACGAGAGAACCGUUGAUCGUCGGGUAUAUCUGGACUCAGCGCUGAGUGUUCAAGUCGUCACAUCGAAGCAGCGUGACUACGAACUCUUCCGAGCCAUGGAGAUCAUCGAUCGUGUGGUGCAAGCAGAAAGGAACGUUAGGCCGGCCUCGAAGCUGUAA